GUUACUGUGCCAUCUUAUUUUCUGCUAGAGAGGGGCGAUUUCCCAAAGGCUCUGUCGGCUUCAUUUCCCUCCUGUAUAUAAAUAGCGCAUUUAACACUUGACAGCACCAUGUUGAACCACGCAGUCUACCAAGCAGUCACUUUGCAGUGUCAUUUGGCAAAAGGCAAGGGAUGUGUCUGUUUCCCUGGCAAUGGCCAGCGGCAACUUGUGACUUUGCAUUAACCCCUGCAAGGGUCAAUGAGCACACUCUCUCUUUUUUUCUCUUCAGCAUCCAAUAUCAAUUCAGAGCUUUUUUUAGAGCUAUUUCUGCUCAGGAUUUUAUUUUUAUUUUUUUUGCAUGGACAAAGUCAAUUGGCUGUUAUUCCUGGCCAUUGCCUGGUGACCAACACUGGAGCCUCCGGCGAUGCAGCUGAGCAGACAAGGGAUCGAGCGGCGGUCUUGUGUUAUGCCUGGUUGCGUGGCAAACUUUUGCUAACUCAGCCGGUUGGGGAUCAGAGAAAGGGAAGUGCUGUUGGGAUGGAUAAGGGGCAUUUGGAUUAAAUGCCUCGGCUUGGCAUGAGCGAUAAAGUCAACAAGGCAAAGGCAGCUUUGAAAAUCUAUCCCAUCCAUGUCUGCUUUCUGGCCCACGCAGUGCCCACCAUGUCGCCCUUUCUCCGGAUCGGCCUCUCCAACUUUGACAGCGGACCCUACCUGCCUUCCCAAGGAGAUGUGGUUGAUCCGUAUUGCGCCGUCAUGGUCAAAGAAGCCACCGAGGGUGAGAAUGGCCAGGUUUAUGUCCAGAAGAAGCCCACCAUGUACCCGCCUUGGAACAGCACUUUCGAUGCCCACAUCCGCAAGGGACGGGUCAUGCACAUCAUUGUGAAGGAUAAAAGCGCAGAGAUGGUCUCAGAAACAACUGUGGAGCUCAAUAUGGUCGCAGAAAAGUGCAAGAAGAACAACGGGAAAACAGAGAUUUGGCUAGAACUGAAGCCGCAAGGCAGAAUGCUAAUGAAUGCAAAAUACUUUCUGGAAACCACAGAUGAUCCGGAGUUUAUAGACUGUGAAAAGGAAGGGUUUUUCUCUCUGCACCAACGCAGGGGAGCCAUCAAGCAGGCCAAGAUCCACGAUGUCAAGUGUCAUGAGUUCACCGCUACUUUCUUCCCUCAGCCCACAUUCUGCUCCGUUUGCCACGAAUUUGUCUGGGGUCUUAACAAACAAGGUUAUCAAUGCAGGCAAUGCAAUGCUGCCAUUCACAAGAAGUGCAUUGACAAAGUGAUUGCUAAAUGUACAGGAUCAGCUGUCAACAGCAGAGAAACCAUGUUCCACAAGGAGAGGUUUAAGAUCGAUAUGCCGCACCGGUUUAAGGUCUACAAUUACAAAAGCCCCACUUUUUGUGAUCACUGUGGAACGCUGCUAUGGGGCCUCACCAGGCAGGGCCUGAAAUGUGAAGCCUGCACCAUGAACGUCCACCACAAAUGCCAAAUGAAAGUGGCAAAUCUCUGCGGCGUCAACCAGAAACUUAUGGCGGAAGCGUUAGCCCUGAUUGAGAGCCGGCAGCAGGCUCGAAGUUUACAUGAUUCGGAACAAAUUUUAAGAGAAGGGCCAGUUGAGAUCAUCUUCCCUGAGAAAGAGGAACCUUCCACACCUUCGGUGCCAGCACCUUCAACAGAGAAAAAAGAGCCUCAAGGAGUUUCCUGGGAGACGCCGGCAGAAGAUGUGACACGUUCUGAUUCUCUCGUUGAACUUGAACCUAAGCAAGAUGUCAAAGCAGACCUCCCGAAAUUAACCCUCGAGGACUUUGUCUUGCACAAAAUGUUGGGGAAAGGGAGCUUUGGCAAGGUUUUCCUUGUGGAACUCAAGGCCACCAACCAGUUUUUCGCCAUGAAAGCGCUGAAGAAGGAAGUUGUGCUUAUGGACGAUGACGUUGAAUGUACCAUGGUUGAAAAGCGUGUCCUGUCACUGGCUUGGGAGCACCCGUUUCUCACCCAUGUCUUUUGCACAUUCCAAACCCAGGAAAAUCUCUUUUUUGUCAUGGAGUAUCUCAAUGGUGGAGACCUGAUGUUUCAUAUCCAGAUCUGCCACAAGUUUGACAUCGGCAGAGCAAGGUUCUAUGCUGCUGAAAUAAUCUGUGGCUUGCAGUUCCUUCAUUCUAAAGGAAUCAUUUAUAGAGACCUCAAGCUCGACAAUGUACUCUUGGACAAGGAAGGGCACAUCAAGAUUGCUGAUUUUGGAAUGUGCAAAGAAAAUAUGUUUGGGAGCUCCAAAACAAGCACGUUUUGUGGGACCCCUGACUAUAUUGCUCCUGAGAUUCUGCUAGGACAGAAAUACAACACAUCCGUUGACUGGUGGUCAUUUGGAGUCCUUUUGUAUGAGAUGUUGAUUGGCCAGUCACCCUUCCAUGGCCAGGAUGAAGAGGAACUUUUCCAGUCAAUCCGAAUGGACAGCCCCUUCUAUCCACGGUGGCUGGACAAGGAUGCGAGAGAUAUCUUAAUAAAGCUCUUUGUGAGAGAGGCAGAGAGGAGGCUGGGAGCCAAAGGGAAUAUCCGCCAGCACCCCUUUUUCAAAGACAUCAACUGGGAUGCAAUAGAGGAGAGAACCGUGGAUCCUCCCUUCAAGCCAAGAGUGAAAUCCCCGGGCGACUGCAGCAACUUUGACAAGGAAUUUCUGAAUGAGAAGCCCCGGCUGUCUUUGGGAGACCGGACUCUCAUCAACAGCAUGGACCAAAACAUGUUUAGUGAUUUUUCCUUCACCAGCCCCAUCAUGGACAAGUUGCUCUCCUGAGGAGGGCCCUGGGAAAGGAAAGAUGCAGAAAUGACGAUGGUUGAAGUUCAAAUUCUCUUCUACUGGCAGUGGCAGCUUGCAUCGAAUCAUGGAAAGCCCCUUCCACCAUGAAAAGGGUGCUUCUAAACUACCAGAAUAGCAUUUUGUGAUAAUGGAGAUUGCCUACUGCCACCUCCAAAACCCAAGGGAGUCUCCCAUUUGCAACAUGAUUUCUGAAAAGAGUUUUAGGAGCUCAGAGCCAUCUUUAGAUGUUAAUAUGGUCUUGUACCUGAAAAGUCUGCAGCAUAGUCACACACACAAACCCACCAAUAUUUGUGGAUUCCUGGCUCUAUAGCAUUUCCCCUUUCUUCUAUCACUGCCUAUUCGCCUACAAACUUCCAACAAAAUCCUGUUAAUGACAUUUUUGUCCAGUCGGCAUCAACUUGUGGCAUCCCUAUGAAGGGAAGGUCUCCAAGAAAGGAUGGAAAGUCAGCUCUCCACAGAUGCAGAUCUGAUUAUUCAGAUUUUAUUAUAAAUGUUCUCUUUGGAAAUCUCUUACGCAGCCGGUAUGACUCUAAGACAGGCAUGGGCCAACUUCAGCCCUCCAGAAUUCCCACAAUUCUCAACAGCCUAUUGGCUAUUAGGAAUUGUGAUAGUUUUUUUAAAUGAAUUUUUAUUAAAGAAAAAAAAGAUAUAUUUGGUGGCUUCCGUUCUUUCUCUCCUAUAAAAUUAUAAUUUAACACUGCCAAUGUAAAAACUAAAGAUAAGUUCUUUCCCACUCGUAUCUUCAGUAUUUCUUAAGAUAAUUUUCUAAAGGUCCAAAACACCUGGAGGGCUGAAGUUGACCCAUGCCUGCUCUAUGGUCACACUCUAGAAAUCUCUAGAAAUAUCUCUGGAAAUCUCUCUAGAAAUCUCUAGGUAUCCCAAUAGGAGAAAUUGCCCACAGGGACUUACUGAAAAACCUACGGAUUCCUAGAGAGAAUAAUUAAAUCAUUUUUAAUUCUCUAUUCUUCACUACCCUCUUGACAUGGAUUGUAGUAGCAGCAGCUUUUAUUCAUACUUUUCACUUGUUUGUUUUUCUUUUUGCUGCUCUUUUCUGAUUCUGAUUAUUAUUAUGUUAAUAUAACUUAUUCUUCUCAAUUUUUUGCUGGCACCGCUUACUUUUUGAACUGCAGCUCCCAGCAUUUUGAUAAGUAUUCUGAGAUUCGGAAUCCAAAAAGUAAUCUCUUUAGGCUUUGACUCUUUUUUUUUCGUGUCAGGAGCAACCGGAGUUGCUUCUGGAGUGAGAGAAUUGGCCGUCUGCAAGGAUGUUGCCCAGGGGACGCCUGGAUGUUUUGAUGUUUUACCAUCCUUGUGGGAGGCUUCUCUCAUAUCCCCGCAUGGAGCUGGAGCUGAUAGAGGGAGCUCAUCCACGCUCUCCCCGGGUGGGAUUCGAACCUUGCAGCUUUCAGGUCAGCAAUCCAACCUUCAAGUCGCGAGGCUUUUAUCCCCUAGGCCACCGGGGGCUCCUGGCUUUGACUCUAGACAACAUUGGAUUCUCUGAGAAGGACUCCAGACACAAAACAAAUGGCAUUUCGCAUCCUCCUCCUCCACUCUGCAAAACCCAGGACCACUCACCUGUCCUGCCCAUCAUAGUAAAGAACAUGUGACUUGUCUGUACAUGAGAUUUCUGUUAUGGCAAUUGAGUUUGAAUUUGUUGAUUGUGGCUCAUUCAAUCUGCAGUCUGUGGUGUUGCAUUAGAGGUGUUAAUAUGUACCGGAAUUCUGUACUAGUUUAUAUAUAAUACCUGGGCCUGAUCCCCUGAAACUUAGUGAAGACAUCAUUCAAUGUUACUCUGAUUAUUAGGAAAAUGGUCCUCUUUCUCUCCAAGCAACCGAUGCCCAGUGAAAUAGGGUGGGAGAGGAUUCGAGUUAUAUUAGCGACAUUAAAUUAUGUCUCAGAAAUCUCAGGUGUUCGAGAAACAGGAAAGUGGGGAAAUGCCAAAUUAAUAUGUAUAACCUCUGAGAAGACCUUUCUAGAAAUCUUUAGGUCCUCUAGUGUGACUAUGGCCAACUUUCUCCAGAUGUCCACAGGAGGUUUACAUCUGGUGGAAUUUGGCCAUAGUCUCAUUGGAGGACCCAGAAAUGCUUAAAAAUAUGUUUUCUUUGGGGAUCUCUAGGUCUUUCAGCAGAACUCUGUAGUUACCCUCUGGUAAGGACCUAGAGCAGGCAUGGGCAAACAUCAGUUCAGUAGGCUGCUAGGUAUUGUAGACGUUGAAGUCCAAAACACCUGGAGGGCCAAAGUUUGCCCAUGCCUGAUCUAGAGAUUCCUAGGGAGAACAUGGUUAUCAAAUCUAUGAGCAAUCAAAUCCAGAAAAGUGAAACCCACAAUAUCAAAAUUGUGACUAGAUAGUGGUUAAGAAUAUGGAAGUUGCCCAACCGUAACUGUUUCAUAUUCACAAUCACUAUUUAGUCAUGAUUUUGACAAAAUUGCCACAAUACUAACCUGCUCCCCAGAUUACUUUAAGGGCAUCAGUAGUAAGGUGCGAAAGAGAGCCAUUCUGCCAAUGAUCAAGAAUGUUGGAUGGUGUUUCCAUCAGGUUGGGAAGCAGUCAGGUUAGGAAAUGAUACUCAGGUAUGCAGUUCGUUAAGUAUAAGCUGAUACGGAAUUCCAGCCACAAUUGAAAGAAAAAACACUUUGUAUUUGUACAGAUUAAUAAAAAUGUUCUCUGUGGAAUUGUA